AUGACGACGCCCAGCACCGGAGGAGUUCCGCUGGACGAAUGGAGAAAAGAUGUGCCACCCGGCUGGAAGCCGGGAGUUGAAAGCUACCCUUUGAAGACCUACUUCGCGAAGCUCAAGCUGUGGUACCGCUGCUCUGAGGUGCCUGACGAGGUGAUUGGCCCGCUCAUAGCGGGAAGGCUUCAGGGCAGAGCUCAGCGCAUAGCAUUGGAGCUCAAGCUGAUCAGGCCGGACGGCACCUUCGACUACGGCGACGCGGCGCUGGUCAGGCUGAGCGUCGACGAGGUGUUGGACCCCAACGACGGCGUCACUGUGCUGCAGGCUCACAUCCCUUCUGGUGUGUAUAGGCGCUGUGCAACGCGUUCAGAGUUGCAGGAGUUUGCGGCUGAGUGGGACCUGCGGUACGAGGACGCACGCAGCAAGGCAGGCCUCGACAUGAAUGCCGUGGCGAAGAGCUACCUGUGGCUGAAGCAGAGCGGUCUCUCCCAGAAGCACCAGGACGGCUAUGGCAAAGGAAAGAACAAAGGCUCUUGGGGAAACUCGUACGGCUCGAGGCCUUGGGCUUCGAGAUACUAUGCUGACUACGACCCGGGCGACUACUACUACAGCGACCAGAUUCGGCACGCCCGACAAGGCCUCUCCCUCGGCGACUCCCCGAAGAAGUCCACUGUCGAGAACGCCAAGUACUUUAAUAUAGCCACGGACGCGCUUGUCUCGGGCACCACGGCCACGCCGCUGCUCAAGAAGACCAUCGACUUCUUCUUCAGGAAGAACGAGAAUGGCCACGAUGGCCGUGAAGUACCGCAACACAAGACCUACCACGAGCACGACAACGACACCGAGGUCUACCACACCGUCGGCGGACGCCGGCGAAGAGGACUUAUCAUCGACCCCGGUGCGGCAAAUGGCUUAGUGGGCUCUGAGACCUUGCGGGACUUGUUGGAGCAUGUGAUCCCACAGGCCCCGCAGUGGACAUCAAAGAAGAGCGAGGUCACCGGGAUCAGCGGCGAGGCUGACAGCACGCUGGGCGAGGUCAAGAUCGCGCUCCCGAAUGUCAAUGGCCUGGAGGAAGCGAACUACCGGGCGGAUGUCAUCGGUGGAAAUGCGAGCAUGUGCCCGGCCCUCGUCGGAAACUCCUCCUUGGUGAACAUGCGGGCGAUCAUUGCGGCCAACUGGUUCACGAACAAGGACGGCUUGCUGGCGGUUCCCGACAAGGACGGAAAGUUCCAGAUGAUCAGGCUGCUGUUCACGGACUCAAAGCACUACCUGCUCCCUUUGGACAGCGACCAAGGAACUUCCGAGGACCCGGAGGCCGAGGAGAAGAUGCGUACUUUCGUCUCCAACGCCUACACAGAGACGACGAGCAGAUGGAACGAUGUGAGAACGUGGUUCACAUGGGCGACGACGGCAAAGCCAAAGCGGGGUCAGUUUGACGAAUGCUCCCCCGCGACCAAGGAUGACAAGAAGGUUUUCUUCGACGAGGCAUCCACAUCACCAACAGCUACGCCUACAACACCAGGCCACACCACAGAGGACAUCGGGGCGCAAAUGGACAUCGGGGCCAAUGAUAUGUUAUCGUCAUGUACCACGUCGCAUCCUGGUCCCUCUCCGACUACGUCAUGUACCACGUCGCAUCCUGAGGAGUACCCCUUUGUUGUUGAUGACGAGAUGAAGUUCGGUCUGCCUACGAUGUAUCCUGGCGACGUGCUUCCUCCUGAUCUACCACAAGAACGACAAGCACAUGUGCGAGGACAGCAAGCGGCAGUCCAGGAGGAGUUCUACAGCAAGUCAGGCCGACCGGUGAUCGGCCCAGAUAACUAUGAACGAUGGCGAGAGACCAGGCAUGCUCGUCGGCGACCUCACUUUUGGGAAAUCUGCAGUGGCUCCGGAAGGCUGACCUACACUGCCCUUCUGGCAGGUCUGAUGCUGGCCUUCCCGGUUGACUACCGGUGCGGCUGGAACGUUGCGGAUCGAGAGCAUCAACGACUGCUACUUGAUGAGCAAGAAAGAUCCUCUCCGGCAGUCAUCUUCUUUGCGCCUCCCAUCGUCAAUGUUCCGGCGAAGCACACCGAUGCUGCAGCUCGCCAACGAGCACAUGACGACAACGCCUCCAUUGUCAACUUUGUGAAGACUAUGGCCAUGCGACAGGCCGAGGCCGGGAACGGUUUCAUUCUACAGGGCUUGUGGAAUGCUGCGUGGUGGACAUCCUCUCCUCUCGCUGGCUUGGACCACCAGUACCAGGGGUUCCGUCCUCGACAGAGUUCGGACCUAUGUGCUUAUGGGGCCGUCAACGACAAGGUCCGUCCAAUUCAACAACGGAUAGGCCUCCAAGCAAACAUGUCGUUGAGGGCAUCCACCCAUCGCUGCCGAGGACACCGCGACCAACAUGUUCCAGGCCUCAGCGAGAAGUCAAGACGGUAUCCACAACAAUUGUGCAGGUCCGUGGUCAAGGACAUCAAGAAGUUCAUCGCAGGGGAUAAGCAGAUCAAGUUCGUCGUCUACAAGUGCCAAAAGUGCGCUCUGGGACGCAACGCUCCUCCCGGCACUGAACACACCUUGGUUCCUCGAGAGUGCCGGCAUGCGAGCAGCUUACCGACUCCUGCGACCACGACCUCUACACCCAGCAGCUCAAGCAACCAACCACCAGUGGUGCCAGUCGCUCCAGUGCGGGCAGCGGUCACAACGCCCAUGAACGAGCUGCUGGAGCAGUUUAAGCAGCGUGCCCUGAAACAACAAAACCUCGACACCGUGAAGCUCCAGUUGCCUGACGACAUGACUAUGACGGCGAUGGACUUGCCCGCACGGAUGUGGAUCAAGCCAAGAGAUUGA